AUGGCUGGCAAGCGACAGGCCACCUCGAACCUGAACCAUGACAACUGGGACCAGGAGGAGGAACCCGAGGAGCGCGGUACCUUCCGCACGGCCACAGAAGAAGAGUUAAAGACCCGCGUUAUCAAGAAAGCGCGCCGCAAGAUUGCCGGUGGAUCGUCCGCCGCUGAAGAGGAUGGCGCCGAAGAAAAGACGGCAGAGCCGAAAAGCGUGUUCAGCGGAUUCUCCGGUUUCGGCAAGCCAGCUCCGAGCGCAGCCGCAGGCUCGCCUUUCUCCUUCCUGGCCAAUCUGCCGGCUCCAGCCACGACCUCCUCCAGCGAGACAAAAAAGCCUGCAUUCUCGUUCGGGCUCAACUCCAGCUCUACCGAUAGGCCUGCCAGCACUAGCAUUUUCGGCUCCGCCAGCACCAGCAGCACGGCCCCGUCAUCUUCUCCGGCAAAGGAAUCAACAAGUACCAUCGAUGGCGCCAAGCCGACCACCUCCAUAUUUGGCAACAUAUCAGCUGCCAAGAAGGAAAGCAGCGAGGCGAAAAUAUCGCUAGCCAGCAGCAGUAGCACUAGCUUUACAUCCACCAUAGAGAGCUCCGAGUACCGGGAAAGCGUUGCCGAGCUGAAUCGGGCCAUCAUGAAAUUCCUGCAGGAACACAUGGACAAAACUCCCUACUGCAUACUGACUCCAGUGUUUAAGAACUAUGAGGAGCAUCUAAAGGAACUGCAAGACGAGGAGAGCGCCAGAACGAACUCCACGAAGUCCAAACCGGCACAACCCCGUUUUGAAGAACCAGUUGCGACGGUGUCCAGUGCAUCCUCGCCAUCAAAACCGUCUGCUACGUUUUCGUUUGGCAAGCCCAGCGCCCCAAUAGGCGCCAAUGUGUCUCCAUUUGCUAAAAAGCCCAACUGCACCAUAACAAGUGGUGGGACAACCACCACGACCACAACACCACUGUUUUCCUUCGGCAGCACGGCAGCUUCCAAUGCGCCCGUGCCGUCUUCCGCCAGUAUCUUCACUUUGACAACAAAACACACUGGAGAAGCCAAAGCCGAUGAUGCCCCUAAGUCCAGCAUUUUCAGUUUUGGAGCAAAGGAUACUACCACCAAAAAGAAUGAGCCUUACUUCUCCCCACCGAAGACCAAUGGCUUUUCCUUUGGACUGAAAAGUAACAGCGACGACAAGCCAAGCACCUCCUUGUUUGCAGGUUUCGGAAAGGCGCCUGAAGGAGCAGAAGGCGGCACAAAGGGCUUUUCCAACAGUGCCACGCCCUUCUCUAUCGGCAACAUUCAGCCACCAACAGAAGUAGCGGAGGAAGAAGAGGACACGCCCCCAAAAGUCGAGUUUAAACAGGUCGUGGAGGAUGACGCUGUAUACUCCAAGCGGUGUAAGGUAUUCAUUAAGAAAGACAAGGACUUUGGCGAACGCGGCGUAGGCACGUUGUACUUAAAACCCGUCAAGGGCUCAGAAAAGACCCAACUGCUAGUCCGCGCCGACACCAACCUAGGCAACAUCCUGGUCAACCUUAUUCUAAGCGAGGGUAUACCUUGCCAGCGCAUGGGCAAGAACAAUGUGAUGAUGGUAUGUGUGCCCACGCCAGAGGACUCCAAGGCUACAUCGCUGUUGCUGCGCGUAAAGACCGGUGACGAAGCCGACGACUUGCUGAAGAAGAUCAAGGAGCACAUUAAGUAGAGGGUAGACAACUAACAUGAAUUCGUACAUAUAGAUGUUGUUUAAUCGUUUGUAUUUUAAAAGCUAUAAAUUUACGAAGCCCUGGAAAUAGAACUCAAGAAUGUACACAAAAUUAUGAUAAUAUUCAGUCAAUUGUGGCAACAA